AUGUCCACGGAGGAUGACACCACUCCCGGCAUUAUCGCCCCCGGGCCGGAACUGCGUGCGAAGAUUGAUAAGUCCGCCGCAAGUCUGGCCAAGCGGGAUAAGCGAAAGGCAGAGGAGAUGAUGGCAAAGGUUCUCGCAAGUCCAAAGCGAGAGGAGUUUCUUUAUUUUGAAAUGACACAUGUCUUUUACCCUUUCUUUCUACAGAGAUUAAAUGAAUACCGUGCUCACCCAGAACUGAUUCCAACAGAGGAAAAGAAAGAAACCCCUACUGGGGCAGGAGAAACAACAAAAACAACAACAACAGGAGCUGCUGCUGCUGGAGCUACAAUGGCAUCUAAUACAACUACAACGAUUAAAGCUGGUGGUAUUGUACGGCGUGAAGGUGGAACAACAGCACGUCAUGAUCCUAAACGAGAUGAAGCACUUCGACAAGCUGAGAUUGAAGCUCAACGAUAUCUUGAAGAUCCUUUUCCUAAUCGUUAUUCACUGGAUCUCUUACAAGGAACUGUAGAUAUGCCAGCUAUGACACUAAGCUAUAUGACUUGUACAGCACAGUAUAUAGCUAAAUAUGGAGAUCGAUUUCUGAAAGAUCUUCUUGGUAGAUACCGUAAUAAUGUAGCGUUUAGAUUCUUAAACAGUGAAGAUGUUCGACAUGAAGUUCUUUUAAAACUUGUGGAGUCCUACCGUUUAAUUUUACAUCAUGAUCCUGAGAAAGUAGAGGACCGACUAGAACAAUAUCAAUCCCCACGUAAUGUUGUUGAAACUAUUUGUGAAGAAAAAGUAAAAUAUGCAAAGGCAGCUAUAGCUCGCCGUAAAGCCGCAUUACUUACAGAUGAAGAACUUCGAGAUAAACUUGAAUGGAAUUUUUUUACUGUUGUCCAUCAAUUUACAUUGGCGGAUUUAGGUCUUGAUGGACCAAUGCCACAAACUGCUGCUGCUCAUCGACGAACACAUCUUUACAACAACGAUAGUAAUAAUAAUAAUGAUGAAGUUAAUGCCAGAGAUGGUGAUGAUACCACUAUGGAUGAUAACACAUCCCCAACAAAUGAAGAAUCCAAGGAAGCCGGCACAACAGAGGUAUCCACAUCAGGAGGAAUGAUAGAUCCUUACAGUAGUGGAGCUCCACGAAUGAUUCGUCCACCUGAAGGAAUAACAGGAAUGCCUACAUUUACACCAACAUUUAUCAGUAGUUCUCUCGUGACUUCCACUGAUCCUACUGCACCUCCGGUACGUAAUAAGAAGAACUCAUAUCAUGAUCAUCGUGGAGGUUACAACACAUCUCAGGGAAAUACACCUGGACGUUAUGAUGUAGAUAACGUAACGAACUCUCAUGGGGGAUCAUAUAUGCAUUCGAAGGAUCCAACGCAAAUUGAUGAUGAUUUGAAUAAUGUUGCUGGUAGUAAACAUAGUCGUAUGGAAAAUGACGGCAAAGGUUUAUCAACGGAUGCCGAGUUCGAACGAAAUUCUCGGCAGCGGCGAGAAUAG